CCCAGAGACAUGCACUGUUUUUGAUAGCAGGGAUUUGAUCUAGUCAAACGUGUCUUUUACAAGUGCUGUGCGAAUCAUUGACUGUACACAAUGAAUGUGCAUUCAGAAAAAUCAACAGAAGAAUCUACAAUGAAUUUCUUCUUGUUUUUUUCAACAACGACUUGGGCCCUCCUUAUAUUUACUCUAAGCUUGUUUGCUGUAUAUGGUUACUGGCCAUAUGGAUUUUUUAAAAAAUUGGAAAUUCAUGGACCUAAACCAAUGCCGUUCUUGGGAACACUGCUUGAAUAUCGAAAGGGAUUCCACAACUUUGACAUGGCGUGUUUUAAGAAAUAUGGGAAAAUAUGGGGUUUUUACGAUGGCAGACAGCCAGUACUGGCCAUUAUGGAUCUUGGAAUGAUCAAAACUAUUCUGAUCAAAGAAUGCUACUCCAUUUUCACAAACAGAAGAAACUUCCGUCUGAAUGGUCCCUUGUAUGAUGCAAUAACUGUUGUGGAAGACGAUGAGUGGAAGAGAAUUAGGAGCGUUCUCUCGCCCUCUUUUACCAGUGGCCGACUGAAAGAGAUGUUUACCAUUAUGAAACAGCACUCCAAUAAUUUAAUUAAGAGCAUACAGAAAACAUCUGACAGUGGGAAAUCAGCAAACGUGAAAGAGUCAUUUGGUGCAUACAGUAUGGAUGUUGUCACCAGCACUUCAUUUAGUGUUGACAUUGAUUCCCUCAACAACCCAAGUGACCCCUUUGUCACACACAUUAAGAAAAUGCUCAAAUUUGACCCGCUCAAUCCCCUAUUAAUCUUUAUAGCAUUCUUCCCCUUCAUGGCCCCCGUGCUGGAGAAAAUGGACUUUGCCUUGUUCCCAACAUCUGUGACAGACUUCUUCUAUGCCUCACUUCGGAAAAUAAAGUCAGAACGACGAACAAAUGUUCACAAAAAUCGAGUGGAUUUUCUGCAACUUAUGGUGGAUUCCCAGAUACCUGAAAAUGCCACUGUCUCAAAAGGAGAACCACUCAAAGGACUCACAGACCAUGAAAUUCUCUCUCAAUCAAUGAUGUACAUUUUUGCUGGUUAUGAGACCAGCAGCAGUACUCUCUCAUUCUUGGCCUACAACUUGGCCACCAAUCCUGAAACAAUGAUAAAACUUCAAGAGGAGAUCGAUCAAGUUUUUCCAAACAAGGCCCCAGUGACCUAUGAACCACUGAUGGAAAUGGAGUACCUGGAUAUGGUACUGAAUGAGUCUUUGAGGCUCUACCCUAUUGCUGCUCGUCUUGAGAGGGUUUGCAAGCAGACGGUUGAGAUCAAUGGGGUGACCAUUCCUAAAGGGACCGUUGUCAUGAUACCAACUUAUGCCUUACACCGUGACCCUGAAUUGUGGUCAGAACCAGAACUCUUCAAACCUGAGAGGUUUAGUAAGGAAAACAAAGACAGAAUGGACCCUCAUAGCUAUUUGCCAUUUGGAGCUGGUCCUCGAAACUGCAUCGGAAUGAGGUUUGCCAUUCUCAUGAUGAAACUUGCUAUGGUUCAGAUACUUCAGAACUUCAGCAUUGCUACAUGUGAUGAGACAGAGAUCCCUUUGGAGCUGGACUCUCUAGGACUUAUUGCUCCUAAAAACCCGAUAAAACUGAAGAUGGUUCCACGUGACAGUGCAAGCAAAGAUUAAUAAAAUUAUCAUCAGGGCAAUGUACAGUAUAAAAUUACAACGCACAGUAUGUCAUUUCUAACAAGUAAUUAAUAAUAUACUGAUUUGCUGAAGUGGAUUAAUCUGUAAUCUUAAAUCUCUUUAUCAUCAGUAAUAGUAAGCAAUGAGCAAUGAUGGUGAUGAUUGUUUAGCCCAUUUUGCCACAUUCUUCAGCCUGAAAUCAUAUUUGCUGUCGAAUGUUGUCUAACUUUGUAUACUGUAUCUAAUUUUAGUCUGUACAUUUUGAUUAGCAUAGAUAAAUAGUAAAAUAUCAUGUCUAACUGGGCACUGAUUGCACUGUGUUUAAAACCUACAUUUACUACCCAAACUUGGUUUUAUUUUUAAAAGCUUUCUCUUGUAGACGUAAUUAUGUUUCACAUUGAUCUGCUAUUAUGUUUGAGACACUUUAUGUAAGUGUAUUGAUAUGUUUUUACAGUCAUUUUUAAAAUUGAAACAUUGCCUUUGACCAACUUCCUCUGUGGUUUUCUCUGAUAGAGGUCUAUCAGUUGUGAACAGGAGCCACUGCAUUACAUGUAAUCGAGUAGUUUUUUUUUUUUCUUUUUUUUUUUUUUUUAAACAUCACUUUUUAAGAAAAAAUACAUAUACAUAUGUUUAAGGAGUAUGAAAACUAUUUUGCAAAAAUAGUAGUGGUCACUCAUUUUGUCAAUGACUUCACAUAUUCUUUUCACAUUUUCACUUAACUGCACUGUAAAUGUGUCCUAUGGUGUGACAUUGAAAAAAUGAUUAAGAAAGUAUAUUAAAUAACAUACAAAUUACUUGAAACAGAAUUGUCUAUAUUGUUACACCAUUAUUUUCUUAAAGUGAUAUUUAUUUCACAUAACAGUACUCCACCUUAGAAUAAUUUUCACCAUGAAUAGUUGAACUUGAUUAACGUUUUCCUAUGAAUGUCAAUAAAACUUUUUCGCCAACCUCACAAAA